AUGGCCGCGCUGCCCGCCAGGCUGCGCUCGCCCCGCGUGGCGCGGGCCUUCCGCGACUUCUGCCGCGCCUCGCGCGAGACGUUCGCCCAGGACCGCCUGACGCAGCGGCAGUUGCGGCUGCAGACGGCCCAGCAGCUCAGGCAGCACUUCGGGGUGCUGUCGGAGGACGCCAUGGUGGAGGACCUGCGGGCGGGGACGGACAUGAUUCGGUACGAGAUCGUGCAGGCGUCCUACCAGCAGGAGUCCAAGACCUACCGGGCGCACAUCCGGCAGGAGCACCUGGACCGCGUCGGGCAGGGCGGCACCAUCGACCUGCAGCCGCCGCCCGACCCGGCCACGCUGAAGUCCUCGUAA